ACGCAUGAAUAUGUAUACUAUCGCGACUGUCCGGUGUAAUCUCGCGUCCAAAUGAGGCUCGGUGUCGAUGGACGAUCAAUCAACACGGUGUUACGUGCUUUUCUCUUCCUUUAUUCCUUUUGCUAUCUUCUUUCUUUCGUUAAUUUUACAUCGAAGUUGGUGAUUACAAUCUGAAAUCCGAGCAGAUGGAGUUAUUAGUUUUUAAACGAAAUCAAAUAUGACGUCUUUUUCUACUCUCUAUUUCAUCCUUUAUAAAGUGUGAUGAACGGUGACCAUGCUGGAUGGAAAGAUGAAGUGAAAGAAAUCGAUUGUGGUGAAUUUCCGGUAGGUAGACUAGGAUAAGUCGGUGCGUAGGAAUGAAUGGAGGAGCUAUAGAAAAGGCAACACCCCCGCUGAUUCACGAUGGACUUCCACGUUUCAUCUACAUGUAUAAAUAAAUUGAUUUAUGUUAAUUUUGAUGGUCUUUGCGUACAAAUUGUUCUGAAAUUUCGUAUUUUAUUUAUAUAAUAUAAAAUGAGAAUUUCUUUAUACUCUUUCAAGUUAUCAGUUAGUGCUAUAAUCAGAUGUAAAGUCACUUUGAUCGAAAUUUCCCGCCGCACCUCGGUUUUUGUUAUUAUUGUGUACCAAUUACUGUGCAAAGUUCGUGACCUUAACUUCUCGAGGAAUAAUCUAGCGUUACGCAACGUAAUUACAUGGCAUUAAUCUUAAACCACGUAGUGCACGUUGGGUUCAUAACACCGGAUCAUUAAAGGAACAAUUGUGAGAGACUUUGCUUUGGACAUUGUUCAUGUGCACUUGAAAUUUGAGUGUACCUUUUAAUUAAGCAAGAUGAAGGGAGACGAUCGAUUGAUCUGCAGUGAACUGCAGUUAUAAAAUAAAAGUGCAUCGUAAGCAGGGAGAUCGAUCGGGAAUCCCCGGCAAAUCACGCGACACGUGGACGUCCUGCCGGCACAUAAGAGGCCCUUUCGUUCCCUAUAGUCACUUCUUUGCUUCGCGUUGGCAUAAAAAAGUGGAGCCUUGAAUCUUCACGGAAGAAACAAUUCGACGAUCCAUCAAUUUUGACAGGCAAUUUCACGGAGGACGACAUUAUAGAAAAGAAUACCGGCUAGUAUUAGUCGAUUCUUGAGGAUCGUUUCGUUGAUCCCGAAAGAGCGAGACCGGUUGAAAAACAGAGAAGAGGAAAAGAGAGGAGGCAGAAGGUGUCGGCCUUGCGCCGAUGAUCGCCGCUGAAAAUCAGUCAAGUUUGCGUGCCGGCUCCAGCCUGGGGCAGUUCGAGGAGGCAACGCGCGACGGAAGUGUGGGUGGCGGCAACGAGGCUGGUGGAGCCGGCGCAACUACUACCUCGGAGCCAGGUGUAAUGAAGAAAGAGGAGCAGGAGGCGGCGCAGAACGAAAAUUCCCUGAAAGAAUCAACUGGUUCAGUGGUAACAGUAACUACACCUAGCGGCGUCGGGACGACGGCAUCGACGGUGAACGCCAACACCACGACGACCAACACGACGGCUGCGACGGCUUCUACGAUGCCUGGUGGAGGCGCUCGCAGCGACGUAGAGGAAGAGGAGGAGGAGGAGGCAGAAGAAGAAGAGGAGGAAGACGAAGAGGAAGAGGACGUGGAAGUGGAAGGUGGAGCGGCGCAAGAGGCGGUCGGUGGCGGUCUUCUAGCAAACGAAGGUGGGGGUGGAGGCGGCAUGGCCGGCUUCUGGAGGCAGAGUAGACCCUCCAGUCCCCGCAUGCCGCCUCCGGAGCAGCCGGAGCACAGGCCUAGGAGCCGACACGAGCCGGCGCCCGCGAGAUACAACAACCUCGGUUACUGGAGAGCCAGGAGAGUCACAUUUUAUAAAAAUGGCGACCCGUACUUUCCUGGUAUUGAGUUCAGGUUUAAGCCAGGAAGAGACAUCGGUUCCCUGGAGGCUCUCCUGGAUAGGCUGUCCCUGCGAAUGGACCUGCCCAGAGGGGCACGACACAUCUUCUCCAUGGAUGGUGAUCGUAAACUCACCUUGGACGAGCUCGAAGACGGUGCCUCGUACGUCGUUUCCAGCUACAAAUCGUUCAAGCCGGCCAGCUACGGAAAGAAAAGCAACACCUGGUACACGAGUCCUACUGGCGGAGGUAGCAGAGGUGGAGCAAGCGUUGGAGGUGGUGUCGGAGGAUGGCAAAGUAGACCACCAGCGGUGGCGAGUCUUAGCAGAAAAGCUUCCAUCACCGACGAAGCACCACCUCCUGGCGGUGGAAAGCCUUCUUCGGGACGUGUCAUACGAAUUGUUAACAACCAUGAUCAUACAGUACAGUGUCGAGUCUUGCUGAACCUCCGUACUUCACAACCGUUCGAAGAAGUGCUGGAAGAUCUUGGACAAGUAUUAAAGAUGAAUGGGGCCAAAAGAAUGUUCACAGUUUCAGGUCAAGAGGUAAGAAGUUUCUCGCAACUAAGGAACGAAUUCGCUGACGUGGAUACUUUUUAUCUGGGUACUGGGUCGGGGAUGGGUAUAGCUGGUGCUGUUACCGCAUCCCCAGCAAGAAGAUCCAGAUCACGAGGACCACCCACUGUGGUCGAGGAUAUCGGUCGUCAAAGACGAGCUCGAAGCAAAAGCAGACCACGCGCUUUGUAUGCCCCUGAUUCAGACGUCGUCCGAGUAAACGAUUAUAGCGUUGUCGAGGUAUUGCGAGACGAACCAGCUAGAGUGACUAUUCGAGGAUUGAGACGAUCCUUUUAUCCACCUUCCCACCUGCCACCGGUGGACAAUUCUCCGCCGGAUAAGAAGCUGCAACUUGAAUGGGUUUACGGAUAUCGGGGCACCGAUACCCGAAGAAAUCUCUGGGUUCUACCGAGUGGAGAACUUUUGUACUAUGUCGCUGCCGUGGCUGUUCUCUUUGACAGAGAGGAAAAUGCACAACGGCACUAUGUGGGCCAUACGGAGGAUAUUACGUGCAUGGAGGUUCACCCAAGUAGAGAGCUGGUGGCAUCCGGACAAAAAGCUGGUAGACACAGAAAAGCGCAACCACACGUUCGCAUAUGGUCAACAGAGACUCUGCUUACUCUGUACGUGUUCGGAAUGACUGAGUUCCAGAUGGGCGUCUCCGCGUUAGCGUUCUCUCAAUUGAACGGGGGUAGUUACGUAUUAGCGGUUGACGCUGGCAGGGAGGCGAUACUCUCAGUGUGGCAGUGGCAAUGGGGCCAUUUGUUGGGUAAAGUGGCGACCAUGCAGGAGGACCUAACCGGUGCAGCUUUUCAUCCUCUCGACGACAAUCUACUGAUUACGCACGGUAGAGGUCACUUGACCUUCUGGAAUCGGCGGAAAGACGGUUUCUUUGAAAGGACGGACAUUAUCAAACCUCCAUCCCGUACGCACGUGACUAGCAUUCAAUUCGAGCAAGACGGAGAUGUUGUCACGGCAGACAGCGACGGUUUCAUCACCGUUUACUCCGUGGAUGCGGACGGUGCAUACUUUGUACGAAUGGAAUUUGAGGCGCAUAAUAAAGGCAUUAGCUCACUUGUUAUGCUAUCAGAAGGAACGUUGCUCUCUGGCGGAGAAAAAGACCGUAAAAUCGCCGCGUGGGAUUCCCUUCAGAAUUACAAACGUAUCACGGACACUAAAUUACCAGAGGCAGUAGGAGGUGUGCGAAGUAUUUAUCCUCAGAGACCAGGAAGGAACGACGGAAAUAUUUAUGUUGGAACUACCAGGAAUAAUAUUUUAGAAGGUUCUCUUCAAAGAAGGUUUAAUCAAGUCGUGUUUGGCCAUGGGAGACAGUUGUGGGGUCUUGCUGUGCAUCCUGACGACGAAGUGUUCGCUACUGCGGGUCAUGAUAAGAAUAUUGCUCUUUGGCGCAGACAUAAACUUUUGUGGACGACACAGGUCGGUUUUGAGUGCAUUUGCAUAGCUUUCCAUCCUUUUGGAGUUGCCCUUGCCGCUGGUUCUUCUGAAGGUCAUCUCUUGGUCCUCGCCGCAGACACAGGGGCAGCUGUGGCAACCCUUAGAGUUUGUGGUUCACCUUUAUCAUGCAUUGGCUAUAAUCCAACGGGAGAAAUUGUGGCAAUGGGUUCUCAGAAUGGUAGUGUAUAUCUCUUUAGAGUAUCUAGAGACGGAUUCUCGUACAAGAAGAGUAACAAGAUCCGCGGAACGCAACCAUUAGUGCAGCUUGACUGGAGUUCCGAUAGCAGAUUUCUCCAGACUGUUACACAGGACUACGACUUAGUAUUCUGGGAUGUGAAAGCCUUAUCAUCGGAGAAGAGUCCAUUAGUUAUGAAGGAUGUGAAAUGGUACACGCACAACUGCAUGGUUGGAUACAUGGUAUCUGGAAUGUGGAAUAAUCGUUACUAUCCGUUAACGACUGUUCUAACUACGUCAAGUAGGUCAGCAGCUCAUGACAUGUUAGUCAGUGGUGAUGCAGAAGGCUAUCUGAGACUUUUCAGGUAUCCAUGUACCAGUGCUAAGGCCGAAUACGUCGAAGAAAAAGUGUAUAGUUCUCUAGUGGCUUGCGCCAGAUUUCUCUACAACGAUCAGAAUGUCGUCACCGUCGGUGGGACCGACGCUGCGCUCAUGCUUUGGGAAUUAGUCGACGAGUAGAUAAAAGGACUACCUCUUGUUAUAAAUUUUGCCUUUGUCUUCAAUAGUCUGGUAACUAGACUAUUAACGCAAUCUGUACAAAAUCGCGAUGAUUCGUUCCAUUGUGGAACUUUUUUAAUACCAAUGAACAAACGCGACAAACGUUUAUCUUCUUAUCAUUGCGCUGAAUACAGUUCAGUAACAUGCGUUCAGCAGUUCGUCCUCAGCGAAAGAAUUGAACGGCUGAGUCGAUACUUAGCAAAUUUUGCAAACGUUUUCAUUCAACUUGAUUCGGUUGACAAGCAUGUUUUUUCCGGCGAUAAUAUGUUUGUCGUUUAUUGUCCAAUAUCCAACCUGGAAAGCGUUAAAACUGUCUGGGCAUGUUUGUCUGUGGCCUCACUUUUGUGUCGAUGAAUCUUUCUAGAGACAAGGAGACAUUUUUCACGUUUUAAGUAUAGUUUCAUGCAGCAGCAACGCAGUUCGCGCUUUAUUCCCUGAAACGUUGAAAGAAGUAGUUUGAUAUUUGUAAACGAAAGGAAGAUAAGAUCUACUGAAAAUAUAUUGCAUCGCUCGACUAUCUUCAAGUUAAGCGUCUUGCAAGUGCAAUACAUUCACUUUUUACAUCCGUUGCCACAUCAUAGCAUCUUGUGAAUUUCUCCAAGACAUCCACCUCCACGAAAUAAUCCGUACACGAUGUUUUUAAUUAUUUUUACUUCUUAAGACCGACAUUUGAACAGAAUUUCUCAUUACACGUUUAAAGAUCAGGACUUCUUUUAUCGACGAUAGUAACAGCGAAGGACAAGAAUCUAUCUUCCCUUCCUUCAACUGUUUUGCCAUUGUCGUAUUACGACUUCUUGUAUGCAUUUAUGAUAACAGCGACAAACGAUAAUGUUAUCACGCUACAACGAUGCAGUACAUUAUUAAAGUCGUAAUGAAAGCAAUACAAAUAGGCACACGUUAUAUGUGUAUCCAGUAGGAGUAUAAAAGAAAAAGAAACAAAAAAAAAAAAAAAAAAAGAAAAAAGAAACAAUAUGUGCACGUUCAGGAGCGUGCAAUUUUUGAGGCGCUGGCGCCACUUGGUAGAUUUUAAGUAAUGGAGAUAGAUUUAAACAGAAAUUGAGAUGAAGACGAUAAAUAUUACAUGCACCUUUGUGCCGGGACGAUGGUCAAUUCAUUUUUCUUUUCAUCGUUUCGAAGAUUUUAGAGAAAAUGCUGUUGCGGGUCAACGCGUCUCUCCGUCGAUUCUCCCUUUUGUUCACACCUAUUUCUAGAGAAAACAAAUUGAUGAAGUAUAGGGAAAAAUAUACAGAGUUUAAACGAUAUGUUACUAUUACAGAAAUAUAUAUUAUAUAUAUAAAUAUAUACAUAUAGUAGUAGAUGCAAAUGAUAACACGAGAAUCUCUCAUGUUAGCAAGCUAUGCUCGGGAUCGUCACUGCCAUGGCAUCGAGUUCGAAAUUUUUUCACGGCCUGCAUGCUUCAAAAUACUGCUUUCUCUGAGAGAGAGCUCGUAUGAUCGAAUCUAUUUCUAGGAUAGUGAUCACCGUGAGCCUUUAUCCGAACCUUUAAACGAACUCUUAUCGACGAUUCAAACCUGCUUUUACGUUCCAUUAUUUUAUUAUGUAUUGAACGAAUAUCAGACUACACUUGUUACUUUUCUAAGGAAAUUUGAAUAUAUGAACUUUGCGAUCAUUUUUAGAAAGAAGUUGAAAUAUCUGCGAAAGCAAAUAAAUUCGUAUAUUAUAAGAAUCAUCGUAAAAAAAUGUUUCAAUCGCAGGCGGAACUGAAUUUUGCUCUUCGAUGCGUCCUGAAACAAAAACGAAAAGGAUUCAAACGAUCCCUCAAAUCUUUAGCAUAAAAUCGUAACAGUGUAGAAAGCUAUCUUACUACAAUAAAUUCUGCACAUUAGAUACAAAAUGAUUGAAUCAUUACUAUUAACUAUUAGACGUAUUCUAAAAAUAAUGAAAAAUUUUUUUUACUAUAGGUAAUCAGUAAGAGUAAAAUAUACACAACCAGUAACUCAAAGCGAUUCUUUAUUAUUAAUAAUUUUAUUUCUUACACUAUGAGUGUUCUUGGUAAGCGUCUAAGUGGUUCAUUUUCCUUUCAUCCUCUCAAACGUAACACGUCCACGUCUCUCUUCCUCCUUUGAAACAUCUUUCUCUCAUUUUUUCACAUCGAAUUUCGUAUCGCAUAGCUAUUCAAGGAUAGAAAGGUAUGAACGUGUCGGCCGCAUUCGUGUUCAAAAUGUCUA